AUGGAAAAUACAAAUAAUUUAGCAACAAUAGGGAAAAUUACCAUCUUUAUUGCUUUCGUGCUCAAGUAUGGUCUUGUUUCCGGCCUCUUUGCUUUCUUAAUUGCAGAGUAGAUCUUUCACUUGAUCUUGAGGAUACUAUUUGGAUUGAGAAAGAUUCCUGAUGGAUUGCCCGUCACGUUUUAGAAAGCAAAGAUUUAAGUGGUGUACACUGUUUUUACUUAAGGAAAGUUAAAAGAUACUGAAAGCGUACGGCAAUAAAUACUAAAACAUUCGCAGGAUAUCCCUGAGCUUCGAUACCACACAGUUAGCUUCUUGAACUACUUCUACUACAAGCAGUUUCCCGAGCAAGAAUUCUAGAGGCAGCUUGAUAGGAGUAUCGUUCAUAUCUAAGAUGACUUUCAGUCAGAGCAAGAUCUGAUUGAUUUCAUAAGGUUGCGGGGAGCUUCAAGUUUCCGGUGUGAUGAGCUCCAAUACAGAAUCCUCAUAAAGAAGGACUACAAUUCAACUUAAUCAGCAGUCGUAUUUGUCUUUUGUCAUGGGUUGAGUGAUGGAAUAGGAUUUCUGAAUCUUUUCUCAGCACUCUAGGAACAGUUUGAUCCAUCGAAUACUCCGCUGGUAAGAGAGAGAUCAAUGUCCGAGCAAGUUUGGAGAUAUCUAAAGGUCCUUGCAGCACCCUAUUAUUUCUCUAUGUCUAACGCAAGAUUUACUUAGUCGGCUUCUUUGUUUUAAAAGUCAGAAACCACUUAGCCUGAGUUAGCUUUGUCGAAAGACAUAAUGGUAGAUGAUCUUAAAUUGAAAAUAUGUCGAAGACUAAAGUGCUCUAUUAAUGAUCUUCUUUUGGCUGCAAUGGCUCUGGCACUUAAGUAGCACCAAGAUGAAAGAGGAUUGGUCUAGGACUUCAAAGUGUUGGAAUUAUUUCUGGUGGUUAAUUAGAGAGAAGCAGUAAAGAAGAGGUCGGACGUUAAACUUGGAAACUAGAUAAAGUCGACAAAUUUAGAUAUUUAAUUAGAUGCAUUAUAUAGUUUGAAAGACGAAGCUUCUGUCGAAUAGCAGAUCAAAGUCUUAUUAGAACAAAUAUAGAGUAAGGUUUUAAAGAUAAAAAGCGAUGACGACUUAUAUGCUGCAUCAGUUGGUAUGACGAUGUCGGAUUAUUUGACUCCCGCUUCGUCGUUUGAUAAAACUUUGACUAGAGCGUUCAACAGCCGAUUUUUCGGUUGGACCAACACUAAUGGCCACGCUAAACCUCUCAUGAUUGGAGAUGCUUUGUCAGAAAAGAUGGGCUUUUUGAUUUUAGGAUAUCCAGAUCAAAGCUUCUAGAUUACCAUUUUAUCUCACAACGGCUAUUUGAAAUCAUACCUCUAUAGUAGGUUCAAUAACUUUGAUCCUUAAGAUAUAAUGUAAAAUUUCGAUAAGAUUAUUGAGACUCUAAUUAGAGAGAAAUGA